UUAAUGCCUCUUUUUAGGAGUCUAUUGUGAACAAAGAGGAUUUGAAGCUCAGGGUAUUAGCUCAGUUUCGAAGUUUUGUUUUUGUUUUAUUCCUUUAAUUUUCUAUCGUAUUUGAAACUUGUGUGUAAGAUAUAGAGGUGUAACAAGUUACUAUAGAUACAAACGGGACAUGGAAGCAGGAAAUACAUGAAAGUUACAAGUAACUAUAAAUACAUAGUACUAAAUGUUAAAAAAAAAAUACAUAGUACUAACAAGUUAUUUAUUGCUGAUAACAUUUCAGGUGUUCUCAGAAGUAUAUUAAAGUAUACACAUUUACGUCCGAUUGUUUGCAAGUAUAGCGUUUGUCCAUAAUCGAUAUUAAUUUUGGUAGAAGUUAAAAAUUUACCAUACGCGUCACGUGAAUUGUGAAAGCAACUAGUGACUCUCGCAGACCCAGUCUUGAUCCAACUUAUCUAUGACAUUUUCUCUUACUUUUCAAGAUAGAGAAUUUUAACUCGACUUCUCCAUUGAAAAUGUCAAUAUAUGAAGCAUACUACAUACUCACUUAUCCUAGGAUACUCGCCUAUUAUCAAGUACUACUAUAAAUAUAGUGUUUUCUCCAACCAUUUGUUUUCAUCAUAAUUAGAGAUGGAACCUCAGAGAAAAUACUCGGCAGCCCUCCACACGUGUUAUCCGUGCCGGCGCACCAUUCCGUACAGAAUAUACGCCGUAAUUCACACGUGUGGUAUCAUAUCCCUCAUGUACCACCAUGCACACUCACUUGCCACAGCAGGCACAACUCUAACAACAUCUCUUCUUCUCAUCGCCGACGUCGUUCUCGCCUUCAUGUGGGCCACCACAACGUGCCUCCGGUUCAACCCGAUUCACCGGACCGAGUACCCUAAGAGAUAUUUAGCUAAACCGAAGGAGGACUUUCCAAAACUGGACGUGUUUAUAUGCACGGCUGAUCCAUACAAGGAGCCUCCGAUGAUGGUGGUGAACACCGCCUUAUCAGUGAUGGCCUACGAUUAUCCGUCUGAUAAGUUAUCGGUGUAUGUAUCGGACGAUGGAGGAUCGUCGUUGACUUUGUUUGCUUUGAUGGAGGCUGCCAUGUUCUCUGAGCAUUGGUUGCCUUUUUGCAAGAAGAAUAGUGUUGAAGAUCGGUCCCCUGAAGUUUAUUUCUCAUCAAAGUCACAAUAUUGGACUGAUGAAGCUGGGAAUAUUAAGGUAUUGCAUAACAUACAAAAUAAUCUUUACUCGGUGAAACAGACCAUGUAUGAAGAUAUGAAGAAGAGAGUAGAACAUGUUGUGCAUAGUAGCAAAGUUGAUACUCGUCAUGACCAUCCUACUAUUGUCAAGGUGCUACAAAGUGACGAGACAGAUAUAAUGCCAAACCUAAUCUAUGUAUCAAGAGAGAAGAAUGGAGCUUCACCACAUCAUUUCAAAGCCGGUGCUCUAAAUACAUUGUUACGAGUAUCCUCGGUGAUGACAAACUCACCGGUAAUUCUAACGCUAGACUGUGACAUGUACUCAAACAAUCCAAGAAGCCCACUUCAUGCUUUGUGCUAUUUUUCAGACCCUAAACUCAAUCCUAGUUUAGGAUUUGUGCAGUUUCCUCAGAAGUUUCGUGGAGUAAACAAAAACGAUAUUUAUGCAUCCGAGCUCAGACGCCCCUUUGUCAUCAAUAUGGCUGGUUUUGAUGGGCUUAUGGGCUCAACUUACGUGGGAACAGGGUGUUUCUUUAAUCGACGGGCUUUUUAUGGACCUCCGACUAAUUUGAUUUUACCUGAGGUAGAUGAGCUUGGUCCAAAUUGGAUUGCUGAUAAGCCUAUCAAGGCCCAAGAUAUUUUGGCUUGGGCACACGAUGUAGCUGGAUGUAACUACGAGCGAAAUUCCAAUUGGGGAUCCAAGAUUGGAUUCAGAUAUGGAUCUUUAGUAGAAGACUACAAUACAGGAUAUAGACUCCACUGUGAAGGGUGGAGAUCAAUCUUUUGCAACCCUCCAAAAAUAGCAUUUUAUGGAGAUUCUCCAAAAUGCCUAAUUGAUGUAGUGAGCCAACAAAAAAGAUGGACUAUUGGACUUCUUGAAGUUGCCUUCUCGAGGUUUAGCCCUAUCACGUAUGGGGUCAGAUCAACGAGCUUAUUAACAGGCAUGGCCUAUAGCCAGUAUGCAUUUUGGGCGUUUUCGUCAAUUCCUCUUGUCAUCUAUGGGUUCUUGCCCCAAGUUGCUCUCCUCUAUGGAGUUAGCGUCUUUCCCAAGCCAUCGGAUCCAUGGUUUUGGCUUUACAUCUUCUUGUUCCUUGGUGCAUAUGGUCAAGAUCUAUUAGAUUUUGUAUUAGAAGGAGGUACUUGUCACUGCUGGUGGAAUGAUCAAAGGAUGUGGUUGAUUAGAGGAUUCUCUUCAUUCAUCUUUGGCUCCAUAGAGUUCACUCUUAAAAAUCUAAACCUAUCUACACAUGGAUUCAACCUCACUAGCAAAGUCAACGAUGAUGACAAACAGAGUAAGAGAUACGAGCAAGAGAUGUUUGAUUUUGGGGCCUCUUCGAUCAUGUUUUUCCCCAUUACUACGGUGGCGAUCGUCAAUCUGCUUGCCUUUGUCUGUGGGCUUUAUGGUGUGUUCGUUUGGGGAGAAGGACUCGUACUUGAGUUGAUGCUGGUUAGCUUUGCGGUGGUGAAUAGCUUACCGAUCUAUAUGGCUAUGUUGCUUAGGGAAGAUGAUGGAAAAUUACCAAAAAAUGUUUGUAUCUUAGCUGGAAUCCUCACUUGUUUUGUUGUUGUGUCAGGUUUCUUCGUCCUCAAGUAACUGCACCUGUUAGGGAUUUGUAGUUUCACUUAGCAUAAGCAUUAUGUAUGCAUUGUGGUAAACUAGAAGUAAGUAAUGUGAUGAAUCUAUAUAACGAAUAAUAAUAUGAUGAGCAUCUCUCACA